CGUAUCGCUAUUUAUAUCAUUCGGUUGGGCGGCCAUACCGUUCGCAUACCUCGUAUCGUCGCUAUUCCGCAAACCGUCGACCGCUUUCGGCAUACUGUGCCUCAUAUCGGUUAUAACCGGUAUCGGUAUGGGAGUGAUCGCCACCUUUUUCGAGACCAUCCUCGAAGAGAAAUCAUCGCAGGAAGUGCGCGGCAUGUUCUACACCAUGAUGUGGUUCGCACGGCUGUCGCCGGUGGUGUCGCUAAUCCUGGGCACCCAAAAGCUGUUCACACUGGACUCGACCCGACUCGUGUGCGCCCAGUUUCAGGCCUCGCUGAGGGCUAUAUUGUGUGGCAUUUAUGCCGCUUCUCAGCGCUCGAACCCCGAGCUCGAGGAGCUCAAGAUACUGAAGCCCGAGCGCUGCUGUGAUGAGGUGUGCGGCAACGAGUGCAUAUUCCAACACCCAUUCUACUGGUUCAAUUGGCUCGGGGUGAACGACGAGAUCGCCAUGCUCAUACUGGACGGCUGUCUGUAUUGGCUCAUCCUAUUCGCCAUCGACACCAACUCAUUCUCGGGUGCAUUCAAAAACCGGGGCAGAGGUUGGCUGCGAUCCAUAGGACGGGCACUAUUCGCCUCCCGGAGCAAAAAGUCGUUCGACUUGCGGACAAUGCGGGCGCCAAACGUUACGGACAACGACGUGAUCGACGAGCGCCAGAGGGCCGAGAAGAUCAUCGCCGCCCACCACCAGUCGGAGGAGGCGCUGGUGGUCCAGUCCCUAACCAAACGCUAUUCAAACGGCAAGUUUAUGGCCGUCGACCAACUGUCAUUCGCGGUGGGAAAGGAGCAGUUCUUCGGCCUAUUGGGCAUUAACGGCGCCGGAAAGACCACCACAUUCCGGAUGCUUACGGGAGACCUGUCGGUCACCGCUGGCAACGCUUAUAUCGCUAACAACGAUCUGAUGAACGAUCGGGUGAAAUAUCAGUCCCAGAUUGGCUACUGUCCGCAGUUUGACGCCCUGUUGGACCGGUUGAACGCGUUUGAAACCCUGUACCUGUACGGCCGGCUCCGGGGUAUCCCCGAUAAGGAUAUAGCGCUGGAGGUGAACAAAAUGAUCAAGAAGGUGGAUUUGCAAAAUCACGCCCAACGCAAGUGCAAGAACUAUUCGGGCGGUAAUAAACGCAAACUAUCGCUGGCUAUGGCGCUGAUAGGGUCGCCACCUGUCGUACUGUUG